AUGAACGUGUGCGUACUUUUGCUGUGCGUGUGUUGUGUGUGUGGAAUGGUGAGCUCUCAGCAGGCUACAACGUACUUGGUGAGCACCCCAAUGGCUUUGCAUGUGGAUGCGGUAGAAACAGUCCUGGUACAGAUGUUUGGGUUAACCCAGGAGGCCAAGGUGUAUGUCUUCAUUAAGACCUCCAUGGCACCAGACCAUCAGGUUCUGUCCCGUCAGAUGGUGACACUCAACAAUGAAAACCAGCAUCAAGCCAUCGCCUCCGUACGGAUCUUGUCAGGUCAGCUCGACCGCACCGUGGAUCAUGUCAUCCUUCAUGUCCAAUCGGCGCAGAUUAACCAGCAUGUGUCACUUCCUGUCAGCCGGCAAAAUGGCUUCUUGUUCAUCCAGACCGACAAACCUCUAUACACGCCUUUGCAAAGCGUAAAGGUACGCGCAUUUUCGCUCAACCAGGAGCUUCAUCCAGCCAAUCGCAGCGUCUUCCUCAGCUUCAAGGAUCCUGACCAUCAGACUGUGGAUGUGCGGGAGAUGUUGGACCUGAACAACGGGAUCCCGUCCCUACAGAACCCCUUCAAAAUCCCCAUCAGACCAAAGUUAGGAAUCUGGUCCAUUGAAGCCUCAUAUUCGGACCCCUUCAGCACAAAAGCUACAACACACUUUGAGAUUAGAGAAUAUGUUCUCCCCAGUUUCUCCAUCGUAGUACAGCCAAGAGUUAACUACAUCAGCUCCAGUAACUUCCGGCACUUCUGCUUCAAAGUGAAGGCCAGCUAUCUUCAUGGUGCACCAGCAUCUUUUGCUGAAGUCUUCCUACGCUUUGGCUAUGUGGGCCAGAAGGUUCCUCCUGUUAUCAUCCCAAACUCUGUGACCAGAGAGAGAUUAUCAUCAACAGGGGAGGUGGACGUCUGUGUGAACAUGGAAGAGAUUUUGUCCAGACAUGAUGGACCCAAAGACCUUCACGCUCUCAUUGGGAAGUUCUUGUAUAUUGCUGUGCUGCUAGAGGAGGAAUAUGGUGGGAUCAGCCAAGAGGCGGACUUUUCAGCAGUUAAAUUCGUCAAAUCACCAUACACUUUAUCCCUGGUGUCUACGCCCCCUUUUAUCAAACCAGGACUUCCUUACAAUGUGCAGGUAGUGGUGAAAGACCACUUGUUGCAAGUGGUGAGCCAGGUUCCAGUGCAGGUGUCCGAGCAGCACGUCUGGAGUUCUAACGGCGAACUGGACAUGAACUGGUGUCCUGAGCACGCUGUCACUCAAUCAGAAGGCCUCGCCAUCUUUGCCUGUAACACGCCCGCUACCGCAGUCAAGGCUUCUCUCACGAUUGAGACAUCGGACUCAUCCCUCCCGGCUGAGAGUCAGGCUCGUCUUGUUCUCACGGCAGUGGCGUACCAUUCUCCGAACCGUCGCUACCUUUACAUCGACCUGCCGUUUUCCCGCCAGCCACUUAAGGUGGGCCACUUCGCCAACAUCAAGGUGUACUCGUCCACUCCAGACUACGUGCCCAUCAAUGCGCUCAGCUUUAUGGUGCUGUCAAAAGGCAAGGUGGUCCACUUCGGCAGCCGCAGGUUGGUUGCUGGGAGCAAUACUGAGCAAAUGCUUAGCUUCCAGGUGACGGAAACCAUGGUGCCGUCCCUGCGCCUGCUUGUCUACUACAUCCUUCAUGGCGAGGGCACAUCCGAGUUGGUGGCUGAUUCUGUGUGGCUGAAAGUAAACGACGCCUGCGUCAACGGACUGCAGACUGAACUGUCAUAUAAGAAGUAUGACUACAGGCCGAAGAAUGACCUCAAGUUAGACAUCAGAACCAAUCAGGAAGGCCUUGUGGCACUCUCUGCUGUGGAUUCUGCACUCUUCCAGCUGUACCCUAACUACAAGGACCCUGUUACCAUGGUUUUGCAUCACAUCGAGCAAAGCGACCAAGGCUGCGGAGGCGGCGGUGGCAAAGAUGCAGCAGAUGUCUUCCGAUUGGCCGGCCUAAGCUUUAUUACCAACGCCAAUGCACAGCCAGCAACUAGCGGUUCGGCAUGCACAGCAGCCGUGAGAGGCAAACGAGCCCUGACGGAAAAGAUGAAAAAAGAGAAAGCCGCAUUGUUUGGGCCCCUGAAGCCGUGCUGUGAGCAUGGCAUGAAGUACAUCCCCAAGAGCGUGACUUGCCACCAUUUUGCCCAGCAGACCAUCCGCCGUAUUCGACAUCAUGAGCAAUGUCGUCGUGUAUUCACAAAGUGUUGCGAGUUCAUCCAGCAGCACUUGGACCAGGACCAGAAUCUCAUCCUGGGACGCCAUGACAUGGGGGCUAAUUUUGAUGCAGCGCCCUCUCUGGUUAGGAGUUUCUUUCCUGAGAGCUGGCUGUGGGAAAUCCAGCCCACCAGAGGAGCUCAGAUGUCAGUCACUAGAACACUUCCUGACUCUUUGACCACUUGGGAGAUGCAGGCCAUCGGAAUGUUCAGGAAUGGUAUCUGCGUGUCUGAUGCUGUGCGUGUGUCAGUGCAAUUGCCGCUCAGCGUGGAUGUGCCGCUCCCAUACCAGGUGAUCCGCGGCGAGCAGCUGGAGCUGAGCGGUUCCGUGUACAACCAGCAGGCAGAUGACAUCACGUACUGCGUGAUGCUGACGGUCGGACCACAGGUGUGUCUGCUCCAAUCCAAACCAGACACCACUGACGCAGGGCUGUUUUCCACUGUCUGCCAAUGGAACUUGCUGCCUGCAAGGGGAGUUGCCAAGGUUGCGUUCACCCUCAUGGGUCUCGAGGCCGGAGAACAUACACUAAAGUUCACCCUGAAGACUCAGAGUCGUGGAACACAGGACAUCAUGGAGAAGAAACUGCGGGUGGUGCCCGAGGGAGUGAAGACAGAAGAAUAUUCUGGAGGCAUACUGGACCCGCAGGGAGUCUAUGGUUCUGAGAAACUGACAGUGAUGCUGAAGAACCUGCCACCUGCCAACUUGGUUCCCAACACAGCCGUGGAAAGAAUGGUGAUGAUAAAUGGUGAAAUUCUGGGAGACAUUCUGGCAGUGGUGCUAGAACCUGAAGGACUUCGACAGCUUGUCAAUCUUCCUGGUGGCUCACUGGAAGCUGAGCUGAAUAGGGUCCUCCCUCUGGCUCUCAUUUACCAGUACCUGGAGGCUACCCGGACCUGGGAUGCCCUGGGCGUAGACAUCCAGAAAAACUCAGCCCAAAUGAGAGAGAAAAUCAAAGAAGGACUGGUCAGCAUCUCUUCUUUCCGACGUGGAGAUUCCAGUUACAGCAUGUGGACUAAGAGAGAAGCCAGCACCUGGCUGACAGCAGCGGCAGUUCGGACUUUGGCUUCUGUGGACCCGGUGGUCCAGGUGCAGCGCCAAACUUUGUCAGAAUCUGUGUCUUGGCUGAUACAGAACGCUCAGAAUGGAGAUGGCUCUUUUUCCGACACAUCCUCUUUCAGAGCCAACAAAUUCAUGGAAAGUAUAGCCGAGGGGGAGGAGCCAGUGCAGCGCUCGCUGUACCUGACGUCGUUUGUCCUCAUCGCUCUACGUCGGGCGACCAGCAUCAGAGAACGGCAUCUGCAACUAAAGUUCCAAGAUGACAGCAUGAGGUCCGCUGCCAACUUCAUUUCCCAGCAUGCCUUGACGGUGAAAAGUGUGUACGUGCGGGCGCUAGCCACGUAUGCGCUGACACUUUACGACCCAAAUGACCCUACCUGUGUCACACUAAUCAAUGACAUUGAGAGGGUGGCCAGGCAGAAAGGACAUCCAGCUACGCUCAGGUACUGGCAGGAGUCUGGCGCAUCAUCGGAUUGGCUAAGACCCGACCAAUCGAGUGGCCUGACAGUGGAAACGACAGCAUAUGUGCUCCUCAGUAUGUUGCUGAAGGGCCGGAUCCAAUACGCUAAGCCCAUUGUGUCUUGGCUGACCCAAGAUCAACAUUACGGAGAAGGAUUCUACUCUAUGCCGGACGCAGUUCUGACUCUGGAGGCGUUGACUGAGUAUAGUCGGGUGGUUCCACGUGCCGUCCUUGACCAGGAUAUCACUGUCCGCUACCGACACAAAGGAACGUUAGCUCAGGUCCACCUGAGCACCAUACGCCCAGUGGCUACGCCCAUCCAGGUGUUGAAGACUGAUGACAUGACCGUUUCUACGGGAUUCGGAAGGGGUGUGUCAAGCAUCAAGAUGAAGACGGUCUACUACCAGACCACAGCACCCUCUCACAACUGUAACUUUGACCUUAGCGUCGAGAUGAUUGGUGCGGAUGCAGAAGCCAGUCCCAGGAUACAUGAACCGUACCUAUCUGCAUGUGCCAAGUAUAAGCCUCCUCCUAACGAGCUAGCGAUGGAGUCAACGAUGACUGUGAUGAAGAUCCAGCUGCCUACCGGCAUUGAGGCGCGCAUAGAGGACCUGAGACAAUUCCGAGAUGCCAUGGAGCCUAUCAUUUCACAUUAUGAGCUUCAGGGUAACACUGUCCUCAUCCAGAUGGACUCUGUUCCGUCCGACAUGUUUUUAUGUGUCGGCUUUCGGAUUCGCAUUGGCUUCAAGGUGGGUGGAGCCAGCGAGUCCCUGUUGACUGUUUUUGAGCCUCAGGACAAAGGAAGUUUGUGUAGCAAACACUUCUCCUACAAAGAGCAGAAGUUGCAGCGUCUCUGUGUGGCUAACCAGUGCCAGUGCAUGACAGCUGCGUGUGCGACCUACAGAGCCGACCCCGACUUGAGCUUGACUUCUGCCAAACGCCGCCAGGAAACAUGUCAGCCACACAUCAAAUAUGCUUUCAAACUGCACGUCAAGUCUUCUAAAAUAGAGGGAGAUUUUGUGACCUUCACAGCCUCCAUACACGAAGUCCUCAAGAAUGCUAAUCCAGCUUUUGAAUCAUUGGGUUCUGGCUCGGAGGUGGAGCUCAUCAAGAAAAUAACGUGUAAUCUGGUCCAUGUGGAGAUUGACCACCAGUACCUGCUGAUAGGAUCCAGCGGGUCUGAGGUCCAAGCAGGCCACAUCUCCAGGUUUCGCCUUCCUUUGGAUGCUGAUGCCACCCUGGAGCCCUGGCCCACCCAAAGCGGCGGACCGAUUUCCUCAGCACAAAGUGCUAUCUUGGACGAGUAUGCCUUGGACCUGCAACUCUUCAGCUGUUGA